AUGCGCAGAGUCGUUAGGCUUGUAGUAUGGUCACAUGGUGCUGAAGGUGGGAAGCUACUGAAAAGGAUGAGUUACAACUAAGUGCAGGAGAGAAAUUGUGACCUUGUAAGACUGAGAUUCGUGAUAAAGCUUGAAAGAAAUGCUUCCAAAUAUCAAAUAUGAAGGCUUUGCAAAUAGGAAAUGCACCCCAAGCAUCACAGGAAGAUAUGAGUGAAUCAGUUGAUUCAUCAGGACCUGAAUAUCGUUGGUCUUUGACAGUGGAAGGACAAAGGAUAUUAUAUCGAAAGAAUAUAAAAAUGGGAAACUCAAACCAAGCGUCACACCAAGAUCUGACAGAGUCCCUUGAAUCAUCAGAACACGAAAGUCAGCGACCUUUGACUGUCGAAGGGAAAAGAGUUUUGGAAACAGAGGAUUUGCAAGCAGGAUGCUCGAGCCGAACAUCAAAUCAAAACCUGACAAUGACACCUGAUUCAGCAGGACCAGAAUAUCAUCAGGCUUUGAACAUGGAAGAAUUAGGAACUGUUCACAGUGGGGAGAAGCCAUACACAUGUCCUGUGUGCGGACGAAGCUUCAGCCGAUCAUCUAACCUGUGGAAACAUAAAUGCAGUCACACCAGAGAGAAACCAUGGAAAUGUUGGGACUGUGGGAAGGGAUUUAUUUCGCCAUCCCAUCUGGAAAUUCAUUGGCGUAGUCACACUGGAGAGAGACCAUUCAUUUGUGCGGAGUGUGGGAAGGGAUUUACUUGUUCAUCCAACCUGCUGACACACCAGCGUGUUCACUCUGGGGAGCGGCCAUUCACCUGCUCUGAGUGUGAGAAGGGAUUCACGUGUUUGUCCAGCCUCCUGACACAUCAACGAGUGCAUUCUGGGGAGAGACCAUUCAUCUGCACCGAUUGUGGGAAGGGAUUCACUUGUUUAUCCAACCUGCUAACACACCAGCGAGUUCACUCUGGGGAGAGGCCAUUCGCCUGCUCUGAUUGUGGUAAGGGAUUCAUUCGGUUGUCUCACUUGUUAAGACACCAACGAGUUCACACUGAUGCAAGAGCUUGCAAGUGUCCAGACUGAGGGAGAUUGCAUUAAUGUUUUCCAUAAGGUGUUCACAUUGACGUGAGCCCAAUUGGAUGCUCUUGCUUUGUUCAAGACAUAACCUAAUUUUAUUGUACAACAAUGAUUUCGUAGUGAUAAGAGAAGUUUUAAAUGUCUAGACUUGGUGCUCAUCCUCAGUUGUCCUAAAUGCUGGUCCAGCCAGUGCCGUCCAUGUCUCAUGAGUAAUUUUGGAAGAAAAAGUUGCCAGGAACUUGUACAACACAUUCCGCAAUCUUGACCUGAUAACUGUCGAUAUGUUCAAACUGAAAAGAGACCAUUCAGUUGCUCUCACUUGGACCGCGUUAAAGCAAUCGUGCCAUCAGUGAAGUUACACUGGGGAAAGGCCACUCAUCUACUCCUGGUGUGGAAAGGAAUUCACUUUCACAUCCAAUGUGCCGAGACACCAGUGACUUCUCCAAUAACUACUGUGUUUGGGUUUUGCAUCCAGUUCUAAAUCGUUAGGGUAUGCUUCUACUGAUAAUUAAAAGCUCCAAUCCCAAUACAGGUGUUAAUAUUCUGUAUAAAAGUCAAAUAA